AUGGUACUUCCCAGGCUCUUGCUGUGGAAGCUCCGCGAUCGUCAUGGAGUUGUCGGGCGAGUACGUCGGGCUGGAUGGGCAGCAGCAGCUGCUGCGGGUGCCCUGUGAGGCGCCGGGCGACGCGGACCCUUUCCAGGGCCUGUUGGCUGGUGUGGCCCAGAUGAGAGAGCUGGUGAUCGAGCUCUUCGGCCCCCUCGUACAGCAGGAAGCGCAAGACCAGGAGGCGGCGGCUCCAGAAGAGGCCACGGACGGUGAUGAUGAAGAUGAUGCAGAAGAUGAAAAUAACACUGGUAACAGAUCUAACUCAGAUGGACCAUCUGCAAAACGGCCCAAACCACCAUCUUAACAGUAGCUUUUAUGAAAUUUUAAAGGCUGCUACUAUAUCUGAAUUACCACACAGUGACAUUUAGGAAAGACUUGCGCUCUAAUUUGGAAAAGUAUUUGUUUUAUUCCCCUAGGACAACCUUGUCAAAGAAAAAAACGUUUCUUCUGUUUCCAGCAAAGAAAGAUACAAUAAAUGUUUAGAAAUGAA